ACUAAUACUUUAAACUUCAAUCGAGUGACGUGUUACUCCGGGAUAGCUCAUUGAACGUCAUGAAUCACAUUCCUUUACCGUAGACAGAUACUACUGCACAUCAAAACGUCAUGCGUUUCCACGUAUCUCUGGGAAAUUGUAAUCUUCCUCCGUUCAUAUAAAUCCAUGGCGUAUCGCGUGCGCGGUCAUUCAGUAACACGAACGAGCCACCGUAUACAUCGGCUCUGGCGCGCGUCUCGUCCUUCCGAAACACGAUUCACGAGACCCUGGGUCUUCGAAACAGCGGCGUGCCUCCCUUUCUCUCCCAGCCAGCGCCUCCCAAACUAGGGUUCCGCGAGAUGACGAAAAAUUACACGUUCUUCGCCGCUUGUAAAGCCUAUUUAAACGACGCGCCGUCCGCUUUAGGGAUCACUUACUGCGGCCAUAAAUAUGUAGAAGUCGAGAUGUUGUGAUGGCUGGUAGGUCACGACGUUCGAGCACAAAGCUCGAACCAGAUUUAUCGACGCCGACUGCCUCCAAAAGGCCCAAGCAAUCCGAAACUUCAUCCGAUUCGUCUGAAGAAAAGCACACAGAAGUGGAAAGUACCGAGACAUUGAGCGCGAGUGAGAUAUCUGCACAGACAGAGAUCGUUUCGGAAGGAGACAAACAACUCUCAGAUGUUACAGAACAGGCAACAACAUCGAAGCAAUCGGUUUUAAUCAGUGAAACGUCCUCGGAAUCGACUAAACAAUCGUCUCAAACAGAUCCGGAUCUCCCCAGACAAGAGAGUGAUAUCGCAUUGACCUCAACGGAAGCGAUCCCGAGUACAUCGAGAGAAGGGCAGCUCAAGACGUUAAAAUCCAUUGUAAUGAAGUACAGCGAUCGGGGUGAGCUCUCUGCUCCUUCUGGAAGAGGAUUAGAAGAGACGACGACACGAAGUUUCUUGCUGCGUGAACGAGCGUCGUUCGAGAAUUUAUCCGUUAUCGGGAAUGGCGCUUACGGGACAGUGUACAAAGCUACAGAUAAGAAUAGUGGUCAAACCGUAGCGCUUAAGAGAGUCAGGAUACAUUUGACGGAGGAUGGUCUGCCUCCAUCCACAGUAAGAGAAAUUGCUGCCUUGAAGUCGCUCGAGCAAUACGAGCACCCACAUAUUGUCAGAUUAUUGGAUAUCUGCCAAGGAGGAGAUUAUCUUGAUGUAUCAUCGGAUGAGGAUACAUUUGAAAGACCGGAACGCGAUAUCACCUUUUGGUUGGUGUUCGAACACGUAGAAAGAGAUCUCGCUUCGUACAUAGCUCAUUAUCGGAAUAGCUCGCCUCGAUCGAGCAUCCCACCGCAUCUUGUGAGGCAAAUGUUGAAAGAGAUACUCUGCGGAGUGGAGUUCCUACAUAGCCAUAGAAUAAUACAUAGGGACUUGAAGCCGCAAAAUCUUCUAGUAACGCGGGAAGGGAGAAUCAAGAUCGCGGAUUUUGGUCUGGCUAAGACGUACGGUUUUGAAAUGAGAUUAACUUCCGUGGUUGUAACCCAAUGGUAUCGAGCACCCGAAGUACUUUUAGGAUGUUCCUAUGCUACUCCUGUAGAUGUUUGGUCUGUCGGAUGCAUACUAGCAGAACUUUGCAAAUUGGAACCGUUAUUCCCAGGUACUAGUGAAGGUGAUCAACUGGACAGGAUUUUCCAAGUUUUGGGUACUCCGUCACAGGAAGAAUGGCCGGAGAAUGUAUCGCUCAAUUGGAAUGCUUUUCCAUACAGACAUCCGAGACCUCUCAGUCUAAUAAUACCAGAUCUCAAUGAAGAUGGAUUAGAUUUAAUAAAGAACAUGCUCAUGUUUAAUCCUCAUAGUCGUAUAACUGCAGCUCAAGCCGUAAGACACCGAUACUUUUUCGAGGAAGACGAACAAUGACUGUUCCGUAAGUUAUCUAGACUUAUUGCUGGAUUUUAUAUAUAUAUAUAAAACUGGCAAACUCAGACUGACGUAUUAUAUUCAGGAAUAGAAGUAUAUGACAUUUAAGCGUAUUACAGUAUGAAUUAUUAUAGUACACAUGUAGAAUUACUAAUAACACGUUGAUUAUAUAUUAAAUAUCUAAUCCGAGUAUUAACA